AUGGCGCCGACACCGAAGGAAUGCGAUUUCCUAGUAAUAGGUGGCGGUAGUGGCGGCCUUGCCUCUGCGCGGAGAGCGAGCGGCGUAUACGGCGCAAAGACCAUUGCGAUUGAGGACAAGCGCCUAGGAGGGACAUGUGUCAAUGUUGGUUGCGUGCCGAAGAAGGUUACCUGGAACGCGGCAGCAAUAGCGGAAACAUUCAAGGAUGCGAAAGCGUAUGGGUUCGGCUACGACAACUUCUCCUUCGAUUGGAAUACCAUGAAGAAGAAGCGAGACGCUUAUGUGGAGCGUCUGAACGGCAUCUACGCCAGGAACCUCGACAACGACAAGGUUGAACUCAUCCGCGGCCGCGCUUCGUUUGUGGACAAGAACACCGUUGAGGUCAAGACACAUGAUGGGGGCAAGGAAAUCGUCAAGGCAAAGAAGAUCCUCAUCGCCGUCGGUGGGAAACCCAGGUUCCCCAAGAUACCGGGCAUCGAACACGCCAUAUCCAGCGACGGCUUCUUCGACCUCGAGGAGCAGCCUAAGAAGGUUGCGACGGUUGGCGCGGGCUAUAUAGGCGUGGAGAUGUCCGGCAUGUUCAUGGCUCUGGGCACCGAGACGCAUUUCUUCAUCCGCGAAGACAACCUGCUGCGGACGUUCGACCCGAUGAUCCAGAAGACGGUGACCGAGACGUACGUGAAGCAGGGCAUCGACCUCCACCGGGGCUCCGACAUCUCCAAGAUUGAAGACAUAGGCAACGGCAAGAAGCGAAUAACCUACACCGAGCACAAACUGAGGGACAAGCAAUACACCAUGGACGUCGACGUCGUGCUCUUCGCCAUCGGCCGCGACCCAGAGCUCACGGACCUAAACCUUGAUGCGGUCGGCGUCAAACUCGCAGAAAACGGCCACGUCAAUGUAGACGAGUAUCAAAACACCAAUGUGGAGAAUAUUUACGCGUUAGGCGACGCAUGUGACAAGAACUUCGAGCUCACACCCGUCGCCAUCGCCGCCGGGCGCCGACUGAGUGACCGCCUCUUCGGCGGCAAGAAGGACGCACAUGUUGAAUACGCCAACAUUCCUUCCGUCGUCUUUGCGCAUCCCGAGGUCGGCACGAUCGGGUUGACGGAGCCACAGGCGCGCGAGAAGUAUGGUGAUACCGUCAAGGUCUACCAGACAAACUUCACGGCCAUGUACUACGCGAUGAUGGAGCCUGAUGAGAAGGGCCCAACGGCGUUCAAGGUCAUCUGCGAGGGUCCGCAUGAGCGCGUCGUGGGGCUGCAUAUCAUGGGCGCGGGUGUCAGUGAGAUGUUGCAGGGCUUUGGUGUUGCGAUGAAGAUGGGCGCGACGAAGGCGGACUUUGAUCGCUGUGUUGCGAUCCAUCCGACGAGCUCGGAGGAGCUGGUUACGUUGAAGUAA